AGACGAUAGGCCGAGCCUGUAACCAUUGGCAACAAGUGUAGAAAGACGCACAGCUUCAAGAGUGCAAGUUUUUACCGCUGGUUUAAUUACUAUUAAUAUUAUUGGACACGUAAAAGAAGAACAACAACGUUGUCUUUAGCGGUGGUAAUAAAAAAGGUUAGUGACUGAAAAUGGAUGCAACCGUCAAACCUUUAAGGAUUCCCCCUGAAAUGUCUGUUUAUGCAGAGAAGCAUGAAAUAUUCGACCUUAUUCAGACCCUAGUGAGAAACCUGGUGAUAGACAAGCCAGAAGAUCCCAUUCAGUACCUGAUCAGGCUGCUGAAGAGGGAAAGUGUAGAAGUGCCAAGAGUUGUGAUACUGGGCCCACCAGCCUCUGGGAAAACAACAGUAGCUAAAAAGUUGUGUGAGCGCAUCGGUGCUGUUCAUAUAACUUCUAGCAGCAUCCUUAAGGAUGACACUGAGCUGACCAGAGCCACAAGGCAGUACACAGAGGAGGGUCAGGGGAUCCCACAAGACCUCUGGAUCAAGUUGAUUGAGGAACGGCUGUCAAAAGCUGACUGUGUGAGACGGGGUUGGAUGCUAGAGGCCAUCCCCAAAAGCAGAGAAGAGGCACUAUGUCUGCAGGCAUCUGGCAUCACCCCCGAGCAUGUUGUGAUGCUGCAGGGACGCGAUGAAGUCCUGACUGAAAGGAGUCUGGGCAAGAGGAUAGACCCUGUCACAGGAGAUGUGUACCACCUUACCUUCAUGUGGCCUGAGAGUGCUGAGGUGGCUCAGCGUCUCGAGAGGCCGGAUUGCAUCAUGGCGGAGGAGGAAAUAGCCUGUCAGCUGCAGGCGUACUACCGGGAGGUCCAAGGUUUACAGAGCACUUACCGUAACUGCCUGAAGAUCAUCGAUGCUGACCAGCCCCAUGUAGAUGUGUUUGCUCAAGCACUGAGCUAUGUUCUGUCCAGGCAUCACUCUGACGCACCUCACACACCCAGAAUCCUCUUGUUUGGACCACCAGGAUGUGGGAAGAGUCUCCAGGCCAGCUUGCUUGCCCAAAAAUACAGCCUAGUCGACAUUUGUUGUGGUGAACUUUUGAAAGCAGUGGCAGCGGAUGAGAGCAGUAUGGGAGAGCUCAUUAAACCCUUUCUGGAGUCAGGACGGCAAGUGCCUGACAACAUGGUGCUGAAGAUCCUGACCGAGAGACUGAGCCGUCUGGACUGUACCACACACGGCUGGGUCCUUCACGGCUUCCCUCGAGAUGUAGAACAGGCCGAGAGACUGCAGGAAUCCAACUUCCUCCCUAGCAGGGUCUUUUUUUUGGAGAUGAGUGACAGCGUUGCUCUGGAGCGACUGACACUCAGGUCUACUGAUCCUGUGACGGGAGAGAGGUAUCACUCAUUGCACAAUCCUGCCCCAGGUGUAAAAGUACAAGCUCGGCUACAGUGUAACCCAAAGGACACGGAGUUUGAAGUCUGCAAGAGACUGAAGGAGUACCGGAGCCAUGUGGCCGCCCUACUGGCCUUCUACCCCCAGGCUGUGCAGGUCAGCGCUGAUCAACAACCCCACACUGUGUUCGAGUGCCUGGAGAGCGGGAUGGUGGGCCGUCCUUCCAAAGUCCUGCCUGAAUUAAACAUCCAAGCCCUCUCUGGCUCCUCUGGUCUGUAAUCACUUCCCGCUUGUUGACCCCAGCUGAUCACAAGGGAGUACAGCAGACCAGCUAAUUAUACACAUGUUUAAUUAAUGUCGCAAUAAAACACAGCCUGUCCAGACUCUUUGUCAGGGGUAGUAUUAGUCCCGCUUCAGUAGUCUCAUGCUAAGGAGCAAGAGCUGCUCUGAUUUUUAAGCCCUCUCUCUCUCUCUCUAUCUCUCUCUCUCUCUUUCUCUCUCUCACUCCGCAUGCAGAGGUCAGAGGACUGGCUCCCAACGGAGAGGAAAGGAGUUAAGUGCACUGGUUAGCGAGACGUGUUAACAGCCAAGCUUUCAAACUCCCCUCAGAUACCGUGCCAUGACAGGCAGACAUUGACUUAAUUAAAGCGAAUGAGCUCCAGAAUAUGCAUCAGCUCUGAAUACAUAAACAGGGAGUAAGCAGAAGAAAUGGCAUGUUUUUUAAAUGAUCUCAGCCCGCUCUGUGGCAGGAAGAAUGAGUAUGUUUACUCUCCAAACAAAGAUUUUAGAGAAUAUCUGAAGGAAUACAGCAUUGCAGAUGAUGAAAUCAACUUUACUAAAUGGGAAAUGCUUUUUAGUGCUCUGCACAGAUGCUACAAAUAUUUAGAUACGCCACUUUUCUUUUCUUUUUUUUCCUAGUGCAAGUACAUUUGAUUUCUCUAAAUGCAUCAUCUGGGUUGAUCUCAUCUGAUUCUUGACAAUAAAUUUGAUUUAAGAUGU